AGAAAAAGUGUCGUUUGUGGUUCAUACACAAAGUCGCAGAGUGAGACCUCUUACUUGUUGUCUCUGCUAACAACUAGCUACCCGGGUCUCUGAGGGCCACCUUUUGGUUCGUGUACCUCCUUUCACGAUGAUAGCCGUGAGGAACGCGCUCCGCCUCGGCUGCAGGUUGUCAGCGGUGCCGAGGAGAGGAUGCGCCGGCGCGUCCAUCCCGGUGGACGACGUGGUGAACGGGCUCACGGACGACCAGAUACAGCUCCGGCAGACGGUUCGUAAAUUCUGUGCAGAAAAGCUGGCGCCUUGCGCCGAUGAGAUCGACAAGACGAAUGAAUUUCCAGGAAUGCGGGAUUUCUGGAAAGACAUGGGUGAGAUGGGGUUCCUUGGGAUCACUGCUCCAGAGGAGUAUGGGGGCACAGGAUUGGGCUACCUCGAUCAUGUCAUUGUCAUGGAGGAAAUGUCACGAGUGUCGGCAGCCAUUGCCCUGAGUUACGGCGCCCACUCUAACCUCUGUGUCAACCAGAUGGUACGCCACGGCAACGCGAAGCAGAAGGAGAAGUACAUGCCAAAGCUAAUGACUGGAGAGCACGUCGGAGCCCUGGCCAUGAGUGAGCCCAAUGCCGGCUCUGAUGUCGUAUCCAUGAAACUCAAAGCCAAGAAGCAAGGUGACUACUAUGUUCUGAAUGGCAACAAGUUCUGGAUCACAAAUGGGCCGGAUGCCGAUGUCAUUAUUGUUUAUGCAAAGACGGAUCCAAAGGCCCAUCAAAAAGGCAUCACUGCUUUCAUAGUGGAAAAGGGAAUGCCUGGAUUCUCUACGGCACAGAAGCUUGAUAAACUGGGGAUGAGGGGCUCAAACACCUGCGAGCUGGUCUUUGAAGACUGCAAAGUCCCAGAGGAGAACAUCCUCGGCCCGUUGAACAAAGGUGUUUAUGUGAUGAUGAGCGGCUUGGAUCUGGAGAGGCUGGUGCUUUCAGCAGGACCUGUGGGCAUCAUGCAGGCCGUUUUGGACCACGCGGUUCCCUACCUGCACGUCAGAGAAGCUUUCGGACAGAAGAUCGGACACUUUCAGCUCAUGCAGGGCAAGAUGGCUGACAUGUACACCAGGCUGAGCGCCUGUCGGCAGUACCUGUACAAUGUCGCCCGCGCAUGUGACAAAGGACACUCUAGUUCAAUGGUCUGCGCUGGAGUGAUCCUCUACUGUGCGGAGAACGCCACCCAGGUUGCGUUGGAUGGCAUUCAGUGUUUGGGUGGGAACGGCUACAUCAACGACUACCCCAUGGGGCGAUUCCUGAGGGACGCAAAGCUGUACGAAAUCGGCGCCGGCACAAGUGAAGUCCGCCGGCUCGUUAUUGGACGAGCCUUCAACGCCAUGUACAAAUAAGCAGGACCGAGGCUGGUGAUUGCUAAAGAGACCGUAUGAGUGGUCUGCCGCGGAUGAACAGUUACUCGCGCCUUAUACGGAGUGAUGUGUUGCUGUGUUAGGAUGGUGUUGGAUUGUCUCAUGUUUCAGAAUCAUUGUCACAUCGGAUUUGAAUGAAUAUGCAGGGAUACACGGAUAUAUAUCGUACAUGAAAUCACACAGAUGACCGUCAUGUGACAAGUGAGCAGCACAUUGAAUUGUUUUGUUUUUCAUAUUGGGUUAAUUUUAAUGUCUGUUUUUACUUUCUAACUAACAAAAUGACAAUAAAGCAACAUUAUUAUUAAGAAAUUAACCUUAUGAAUAGGCUGUCGGUUCAAUGUGUUAAAGUUGAUUUAGGACUCUGGAAAUUGCUAAACUAUUUUGGCGUUUCAAGUGUUAUAAUAAAUAAUUAAUUAAUAAGGAAUACUGUACAAAUAUUACACAUCCAUUAAUGAGUUUCUCUAACCGUUGUUAAAAAAGAACAAAAAAUGUAUGAGCUUUAUUUCAUGAUUGCACUGAGAACUCUUUCUGAUCAGUAAGCAGGAAAAAUAUAUCUGAUAUCUGAUUAUUCUGUUGUAGAGCAUUACACUGUUGUCUCUGGCUGCGAGUGCAACUGGAGAAACACGCACCAUGAUUUGUUUGUUUUCAUUCCUCCAAAGGACGAAAUGUAGAUAGUGUGGAAAUAUAUGCAAACAUGUAGUUUUGUCUGUCAUGAAUAAAAUAAAUGUUUCAUAUCUGGACUUUAGUCUGUAUGGGUUCCCUGAAGGAUCGCAUUAAACCUGGUAAAGUAAACAUGCAUGUGUCUGUGUAGUCUGAACACGGAGCUCCUUGUUUCUAGAAGAGCCACCGGGAAGAAGGUCGUUCAGACAAUGAUUGAACUAUCCCUCUUGCUUCUUAAUAAUACAUGUCUCGCGGUGGAUUGUCCCUUCCCAGGAAACCAGACAUUAUCUCUGACACACUGAACUCGACUGAGAUGUCAGUAAAAAACUAUUUUCAAAUUAUAUUUUGUAAGAAUGAAUCUGCUUCAAUAACAUAAAAGACUUUAAAAAUUACAAUAUUGCAUUGACAUUUUAAUUUUAUGGUUUGAGUUGUGUGGUGUUUAUAGAGUUGAUUCAAGACAAAUGAUCAAAAAUGCAAUCUCAUAGUUCUGAUGAAGUCAAUAAUCUGAAAUGUAAUAAAUGAUUUUCAGACAAAUUUC